AUGUCCAAUAUGCUCGGUUUUUCGCGCGCGGUGAUCGCGGUGCUAGUCGUGCUAUGCUGCUCGAAUGCCUUUGCUGCCAACUGCGGCUCAACCUGGAUCACCUCCGUGGCUGAUGCAGAUACCCUUCGUCAGAACUGUCGAGUGGUCACGGGCCACGUUGGCAUCGGUCCAUUUUCCGGCAACGACACAGUUCACAUUAAUCUCGACGGUGUCGAAGUGAUCGAAGGCACCCUCGGAGAAUAUCCUUAUACCCAGCGCGACUAUCUCACCCAGCCCUCUUAUACUCUCUCCAGUUCAUCUUUAAAGAAAGCCGACGCAGUGGAAUUUGGAAAUUACGACACUCACAUAGUGAACCUCACACUUUCUAGUCUCACAUCCGUGAAUAACUACGUGAAUAUAGGGAUAUAUGCCUACAAUCUCGUCUACCUGGAUCUUACGAGUCUGCAUUCCGCGGAUAGCAUCACGCUUGGCUCCCCAAAUCUCCAUACGCUCCACCACACAGAGUUACGCAAUGUGACAACCCUAGCUAUUGGCCCGAUGGAGAUCAACUCGCUGGAUAGUUUGUCUGAUAAUGAGCUCAAUCUGGAUGAGCUUUACAUUAGUGGUCCAUUCCCGAACGUCAGCAACAUUGCUAUUGGAUUCACAUCUGUCAACUACAUCCAAAUCUCGGGUAACUCACCUAUCACGCUAGGAGGAUCUUCGACAAAGGAAAUGUCCAUCAAACAACUCAACCUCGAGAGUAUUACGGAUCUAAAGCGUAGCGCAAAGCUGAAGACACUCGAGGUUGAUUCUAUGAAGCUUUCAGGUCCUAUUCAUAUCACCCAUCUAGAAAUCCCGUUCGAUAAUCUGCGCCAACUCCAAGUCCUGCAACGAGAGAACAAUCCUCUGAAAUCUAUCACUCUUCCUCCCAAGGCCGUGAAUUGGACCGGUGGCUUUGGACUUGUCAUCACCGGUGGCCCCGAUCUCAAUUUGACCUCGAUGUACGGUGCCGACGAUCAAGGCAAACGCAUUCAGACUUGGUAUUGGCCAAAGAAUGUCUCGUUAAUUGAUAUUUCGGGCGCCACUGUGGGAAAUACCUUUUUCGAUCCUUUCGUCAACCAGCAAAUGGGCCUGAAUAAAGAUUUUCCUCCUUCGGUCUUGAGUUAUUUCAGAAUUAAUCCAUCCGCGAACUCUACUACUUUCAACUGCACGACCUUCCGUGAGCUCGAGGGCAUGGGUCGCUUGCCGAGCGAUGGAUACAAGUUCGCUUGCUACAAUUCGUACCUUGUCAGCGGCGCUAUUCGUGUUCAUGUACCGAUCACCCUCAGUCUUUUUGGUGCCGUGCUUGGAAUUUAUAUCUGGAUGAUAUGA